AUGCAGGCGGUGGAGCAGUUUGAGCUGCGGUUGUACCACGCACAGACGCGCACCCAGCGACGCGCGCUGCUGGGCCCCACCAGAGCCUCGGACGAGACCAGGGCGGAAGCUCUGGCCAACACGGCGCGCGUGGUGGACGAGGCCAAUGCCGAGCACGACGCGGGCAAGAAGUCGUACUUUAUGGGCUACAACGAGCUCAGCGACUUGACGGACGAGCAGUACCGAGCUUUCCUGACCUCCAGACCGGACAGAGACUCGCCCAGGAGGAAGCAGAGGAAGAAGCAGCCGACGAGAGGGGCUGGAGGACUCAAGAGAGGGAAGCAGGUUACCAUCAGCUUCGAUUUAGACGCGAGUGACGGUGACGAUGACGAGGAGGAAGAGGAAGAGGAUGAGGAUGAUAUUGAGGUUCCGACGUCGCUGGACUGGACGACGAAGGACGGGGGGAAGUACAUGACGCCCAUCAAGAACCAGGGAACGUGUGGCAGCUGCUGGGCCUUUGCUGGCGUAUCGGUGGUGGAGUCAAGGUAUGCGAUUGAGAACGAUGUCCAAGCAACAGCCUUGAGUGUUGAGCAGGUUCUGAGCUGCUCGGCGUCGUUGGAUCACAUUCGGAGUAAGUUCCCGGAUAACAUGACAAGCUCGUCGGAAGGGUGCGCUGGUGGGAUGCCGUUCCUCACGUACACGUACCUGAGUUUAGCCAAACCUCAUGGACUGUCGUGUGGGAGUGUGAUCCCGUACGUGAUGGCUACGAACGAGACGGAUUCUGCGUGCCCCUCGAAGCUCACUGAUGAGGUAGCUGUGGCCUGGGAGCAGAAUGUAUCCGACUACAAGGUGGUGGCCACGAGUGAGAAGGCGCUACUUCGAGCGGUGACGCGAGGACCUGUUACAGCUAACAUCGACGCUACAGGAGACGGGUUCCGUUACUACGCAGGAGGGAUCUACGACGCUCAAGACUGCCUCAGCGAUGGAGAGGAAGUAAACCACGCCGUAGUGGUCGUGGGCUUUGGUGAGACUGACGCCGGCGAGAAGUAUUGGACAAUCCGGAAUACCUGGGGCACUAUGUGGGGCGAGGACGGCUACAUGCGCAUCGCCCGCGGUGGUAACGUCAGUGAAUACGGCCCUUGCAAUCUGUACCUCUACGCAGACUACCCGGUGAACCUCACAGUUGGCUCCAACGCGACUAGCGGUGAGCCCUCGUGCGUUUUGCCACCUUCAAAGUUUGAAGCGCUUUCGGCCAUGAAGCUGGUCGGCCUCUCAGGCAACCAAAUUGUCAUGCUGGUGCUUUGCACCGUCUUCAGCCUGGCCGCCGGUGUAGCCCUGUAUCACGGCUCAGAGUUUAUCCAGAACCGCAAGGAAGCUGCUGGAGAGCUGAGCUACCAGGACAGCUACGCGCGCUGGAUAAUGCCGUCACGCGAACAGAUUGCUGUGGCUCUUGCCCGUCGCAACAACCAACGUCAGCAGCGCACCAACGCUGCACAAUAG